UAUGAAGAAGUCAGUUAUAAAUCCAAGCAAAGAAGUAAGCGGAGAAAAGACGGUAUUGGUUAAGAAACCAAUCGACUUUACAUUUUCAUUAACUCAAUAUUUAAUAGAGAUACAGCGACAACAUGCCAGGAAAAGCUCCAGCAAUCGGCAUUGACUUGGGGACAACCUUCUCCUGUGUUGGUGUAUACCAGCAUGGAAAGGUUGAGAUCAUCGCCAACGACCAGGGCAACCGAACAACACCGAGCUACGUUGCCUUCACAGACAGCGAGAGACUGAUCGGCGAUGCGGCUAAAAAUCAAGUUGCCCUCAACCCACAGAAUACAGUGUUCGACGCAAAGAGACUGAUUGGUCGUAAAUUUGAUGAUCCAGCGGUGCAGGCAGACAGCAAACACUGGCCUUUCAAGGUUGUCAAUGAAGGUGGUAAACCCAAGGUGCAAGUUGAAUACAAAGGUGAGACCAAGAAAUGCACUCCUGAAGAAAUAAGCUCUAUGGUUCUCACUAAGAUGAAGGAGACGGCAGAAGCCUACUUGGGUCAGAAGGUCAACGAAGCUGUCAUCACUGUGCCAGCCUACUUUAAUGACUCACAAAGACAGGCCACUAAAGAUGCUGGUGCCAUAGCAGGACUGAAGGUACUUCGUAUUAUCAACGAGCCAACAGCUGCUGCCCUUGCUUAUGGACUAGACAAAAAGCUACAGGGUGAGAAAAAUGUCCUAAUUUUUGACCUGGGUGGUGGCACUUUUGAUGUUUCAAUCCUGUCCAUUGCUGAUGGAUCCUUGUUUGAGGUGCGUUCUACAGCUGGUGACACACAUCUUGGUGGUGAAGACUUUGACAACAGAAUGGUCAAUCACUUCGUACAGGAAUUCAAGCGCAAGUACAAAAAAGACAUCAGUGGUAACAACAGAGCAAUGCGGCGUCUCAGAACAGCAUGUGAGAGAGCAAAGAGAACCCUGUCCAGCAGUUCCCAGGCCAACAUAGAAAUCGAUUCCCUGUAUGAAGGUGUCGACUUUUACUCCAGCAUCAGCAGGGCCAGAUUCGAAGAACUGUGUGCCGACCUUUUCCGCGCUACUCUUGUACCAGUUGAAAAGGCUCUCUUGGACGCUAAACUAGACAAGUCACAAAUUGCAGAAAUUGUCCUGGUGGGCGGGUCUACACGUAUACCUAAGAUCCAGAAAAUGCUGAAAGAUUUCAUGAAUGGCAAAGAACUGAACCAGUCCAUUAAUCCAGAUGAGGCCGUCGCUUAUGGCGCGGCAGUCCAGGCAGCCAUAUUGACCGGAGUCCAGGAUGACACUGUAAAAGAUGUGUUGCUCAUUGACGUUGUACCUCUGUCACUGGGUAUCGAAACAGCUGGUGGUGUCAUGACAAACUUGGUCACCCGCAACACACGUAUCCCCACCAAGACAUCGCAGAUUUUCACCACGUAUGCCGACAAUCAACCAGGGGUCAGCAUCCAGGUGUUUGAAGGUGAGAGGGCAAUGACCAAAGACAAUCACAAACUGGGCACAUUUGAGCUGAGUGGCAUCCCUCCUGCCCCCCGUGGUGUCCCUCAGAUUGAGGUGACAUUUGACAUAGAUGCCAACAGCAUCCUGCAUGUGACAGCACAAGACAAGAGCACAGGCAAGUCCAACAACAUCACCAUUACAAAUGACAAAGGCAGACUGUCCAAGGAGGACAUUGAUCGCAUGGUCUCCGAGGCUGAGAAAUACAGCAAAGAAGACGAAAUGCAGCGUGAAAAGAUAGCAGCCAGAAACAAGUUGGAAUCUAUGAUUUUCAGCUACAGGCAGGCUGCGGAAGAUGGAGCCAGCAAGAUUUCCUCCGAGGAUAAAGAUGCCGUGAUGAACAAGUGUAAUGAUACCAUGAAGUGGCUGGACGAGAACUCGCUGGCCGAGAAGGAUGAAUUUGAGUACCAGUUGAAAGAACUGGAGAAAGUGUGUUCGCCCAUCAUGGCGAAGAUCCAUGGCGCAGGACAGAAAGGAGCGAGGGAGACGCCUAUGGGAGGUCCGCAGGGAGGCCCUACUGUAGAGGAGGUGGACUAAUCUGAGGAGAAAAAACUGAAAAUAAUGCUCAAUAUAAGUUUGUGUUCAGUAGACUAUACAAUGUAAAAUGCAACUUAAAGUAACUGAAAAAAAAA